GUCACCUCGUCGUUGCCGUGACUACAUACGGAAGUUAUCGCAUGCACCUGUUACGCUUUCCAAAAGGAUAAGGAGCAAAUCAAUACAUUUUUCUUUGUACAAAGAAGCUCCGUGACAACUGUUUUCACGUUAAGAUAUCUUUUUACGUUGUACUGCUAAGAACUCGUCAGUUUGGACAUUAAUGGACAAAUUAAAGAAAGUUUUGAGUGGCCAAGAUGGCAAUGACGAUGUCAACGUACUCCAGGCAGCAAAUGAAGCGUCAACACUGGGGUGGGGUACGCGCGUCAAAGGAUUCGUCGCGUGCUUUGUAGCGGGUGUCCUGUGUUCAGUGUUGGGGACGUGCUUGCUUUGGGUUCCCAGAAACGGGUUGACACUUUUUGCAGUCUUUUAUAGUUUAGGUAAUAUCGCUUCACUUUUAAGUACAAUGUUCUUAAUGGGUCCAUUAAAGCAAAUCAAGAGGAUGUGCGACAAGACAAGAGCUCUGGCAACUGCCAUUAUGAUUACAUGCUUGAUCCUGACCUUCUGUGCUGCAUUCUGGUGGAAGAACAAAGGUCUUGCUCUGCUGUUCUGUGUCCUACAAUUUUUGGCUUUUGCAUGGUAUAGCUUGUCUUACAUUCCCUUUGCAAGGGAUGCAAUUAUUAAGUUGUUCUCUGCGUGCCUCAAUUGAGAUGUGCUUGGCUUCUGUGGUAUCCCUGCGUGGCGCUACGGCACCAACAGCCCGCUGCCUUCAAUGCCACUCACGUCCACACACAGUCUGGCACACAGUACAUGUGCUCUUCUACCUCUCCCUCAACACAGACUCUCUUCAUCUGUGUGAACAAGUGUGCACACACAAACAAACACCUGUGCUUUACUCGUGUACAAAACUGAAGGAUGGAGAUGUAAAUUAGGUAAAUGGUGGAGGUUAGAUCUCUGCCAUGCAACUGAUAAGAUUCUGUUCAGCAAGGUGUUUUUUACUUUUAACUGCUAGAUGAUUUUGUUUCAUUGUCCAUUCCUUUCUGCCUUUGUCCAAUGAUUUCUUAAAGGAUUAAGUAUUAGUAAUAUUGUAACCACAUUUUUUUGAUAUUUACUUUUUUUUUGCGUUGAAAACGAUUAUUUAUGUAAUUUUAUUCCAGUUUUAAAUUAGUAUUCUUAAAUGUAGACAUUACAAAUUAGUAAUGCAGGAUUUUUUUCAAUUUUAUUACUUAUUCAUAAUAAUGCUGUAAUCGUGCUAUAUUAUCUUAUUAGAUAAGAUCAAUCAAAUAUAUACUCUAUAGGGUGCCAUGUAGUAUAUUCUAGGUUACCAUUUCAAAAUCCUAAAGCUUUUUAGUUAUUUUAGUGAUUCACGUGUUGAACAAUGCAUUCGUUUCCUCCUAUUUUCGGAAAUAAUAUCAAUGCAAAGUCAAGUAUUUACUGGAUUGAUUUUAGGAAUGACAAUGAUGGUUUUGCUAAUUUCAGCUACAUGUCAAUGUAUUCUUGUUAGCGCAUAUAGCAUUUAUUUUUCUUUUGUUUUAUUCGAAGUACUCCGUGUACUGUUAUUACAAAGUCCUAUCACUCAAGUUCACUGACGUGCGUAAGUUCAGUUAUUGAAAGGUCAGAGUCUUGGUUUUCUGGUUUUUGAUAUAGGCCAUGAUUCUUCGUUAAUGAGACGCUUUUUUCGGCUUUAAACUCUUUGAGUCCUCUAAUCUCCGUGCGCGCGGUUUCGUGAUUACAGCGCGUGUCUGUGGAUCAGGUUUCUGUUCAUUUCUGUCCGCUGCAGGGAACAUCCAGUCUUAUUCUUGCACCAAGUACUUAAUAUCUUCGAUAGCAUGGCUUUAUUUACUCCGAAUUCAUGUUGAGGAGGAUAGUGCAUGUCCAACUUCUAAUAAUAGGUUAGAUUGGAAAGGGUAAUGUAUUGCAAACAGUACACUUUAUAUUUACUUUGUGAAACCAUUUGACUUAUCGAGCUGCAACUUUUAUAAAUUCAGUUACAAACGAUACAAAUUGCAACUUAAAAGAGGGGAAACCGGUCUCAUUUUUUUUAUUCGCUGGAACACAAUAUAAAACAAAUUCAUUUUUACAAAUUGGAAAAAGUGUGUUACGUAUAUAGGCUAACCAACAUCACCAUAGUAGCAUAUAUAUGCUAGUAUCGGUGUAAUUUUAUAUAUAUAGUCGGCUUUUACAAUUUACAGUCUGGGCUCGUUUUAUCUCUUUAAAGCUACACAAUGUUUCAGGUUUUAAAUGUAGUACUACACUUUGAUUUUUUUUUUUAUUUACUGUAAGGUUAUUUCAAUGCUCUUGCUCUGUAAAAUGUUAAUAUUUUAUGCUAAGUCCGAAUAGGUUUUUGUUUUAUUUACAAAGGGAACCAAACCAUCUGUGUAUUUAUGCACACGCGCACAGGCUCCUUUAUGAGCUGUCCAGGGUUCUGAAAAAAAUAAAUUUUUAUAAAUAACGAAAAAAAAUUUUAACAAAUCGAAUCGUGAUUUAUCCCACAAGUUUUUACAGCUGGUAUGUAAGC